AUGCAAAUGCACCGCGAUCUGGUCUCGUCGACGACGGAUUAUGAGUGCCCCGUGUGCGGAAUGACCUCGAACACUGCCUACUACGUGGCCAUGACUAACGGCCAGAAGAUCUUCGCCUGUAGCAUGGGACCACAGUCCACUGCGGACUACAGCUUCAAGGUGAGGAACGCAGCUUACCUGGCUGCCAACAUGGCCGAAUUCAUUGUGAACCCGACGGAAGACGACUACACAAGCUGCGAGGACGCGUGCCCCGAGUGCGCAGAUGGAAUCAAGGACCCAGUCACUGGAAACCCCGUCACGACGGACAACUUCGUGUACGUCUGCUUGGACAAAGGUCAGAAGAUCUACUUCGCGUCGCACGACAACCGCAAAGCGUACCUCGCCAAUGUCAACAGCAAGCCGCGGUAUCUGGUCGACGACGUGCUCUGCGCUGGGACUUCGUGCUCGGACGCCACGGCCAUCACGACGCUGAGCUCCGCGGCUGUGAGUUUCGUAUCGGAGUAUUCGUCAGCGAGCGGGAGCGGCACGACGACAUCCGCGUCAAGCAGCACUGCCGCCAUGUCCGACAUGUCCUCAACCAGCUCGGACUUCUGCACUGGUCAGGGGUCGGUCAUGUUCAACGGUUUCCAGACGUCGAUAAACGGGUCGUGCGUGAUGCUGAUCUUCCAGCCAUGGGUGCUAAACACCGCCGUCAAGUACGCGUUCGGCUUCAUCGGUUGCUUUCUCCUCGCAGUGAUGAACGAAUUACUCGCGAAAGCCCGAGAACUGGUGCGGAAGAAGUUGCUGAAAGCUCGCAAGCUCCGACCGACGGACAAACUUCACAAAAUGCAGUGCAAACUGGUACUCGCAGUGUUGUACAUGGUCCAGAUGACCGUGGCGUAUUUUGCCAUGCUGAUCGUGAUGACGUACGAAACGGGUUUGUUCAUCGCGCUGCUCGCGGGUUUCGGCGCCGGCUUCAUGCUCUUCAAGAACGUCGACUUGGACAUCAUGGAGGAGCGUGGCGCGUGGCGAUUCACCAACCCGUCCACUGUUCGCAUCGAGGUCGGCGGCAUGACAUGCAAAACGAAUUGCGGCAAUGCUGUUCAGACCGCGUUGAAGAACACGCCGGGUGUGACGGAUGCGGUCGUAGAGUUCGAUGAACAAGCGGCGUACGUAUCGGGCUCGGCAGCAGUUAGCGAUCUCAUAGCUGCCAUUGAAGCUGUUGGGUACACCGCGAGUGUCAGCGGAUAG